UCCGUAAAGUCAGCGAAGCCUGGUGUUUGACAUGACGACCGACUUUUGAUCUUUGAGUGAAAGAAGUGUUGCUUUCAAAGUGCCACGCUGCGUUUUACCGAGUCCCGCCGGCAUUCGUCACAUGUCUGACGCCCCGUGAACGCAUCGCAAGGCUCAGCCCCGCGCACUGGCGGAGAGAUCGCACUUGUCUUCUUGUCACCUGCCAGCAGGACUGCUGCACGGACCCUGGACUCGAACGCAACACCAAGCGCGUCCGCGCACGUCCCUGGACUCGAACGCAACACCAAGCGCGUCCGCGCACGGACCCUGGACUCAAACGCCACACCAAGCGCGUCCGCGCACGGAUCCUGGACUUGAACGCAACACCAAGCGCGUCCGCGCAUGGACCCUGGACUCGAACGCAACACCAAGCGCAUCCGCGCACGGACCCUGGACUUGAACGCAACACCAAGCGCGUCCGCGCACGGAUCCUGGACUUGAAUGCAACACCAAGCGAGUCCGCGCACGGACCCUGGACUUGAACGCAACACCAAGCGAGUCCGCGCACGGACCCUGGACUUUAAUGCAACACCAAGCUUGUCCGCGCACGGACUCUGGACGUGAACACAACACCAAUCGCUUCCGCGCAUGGACUCUGGAAGUGAACGCAACACCAGGCGCUUCCGCGCACGGACUCUGGAAGUGAACGCAACACCAGGCGCUUCCGCGCACGGACUCUGGACGUGAACACAACACCAGGCGCUUCCGCGCACGGACCCUGGACGUGAACACAACACCAAGCGCGUCCGCGCACAGACCCUGGACGUGAACACAACACCAAGCGCGUCCGCGCACGGACCCUGGACGUGAACACAACACCAAGCGCGUCCGCGCACAGACUUUGGACUUGAACACAACACCAAGCGCGUCCGCGCACGAACUCUGGACGUGAACACAACACCAAGCGCGUCCGCGCACGGACUCUGGACGUGAAUGCAACACCAAGCGCGUCCGCGCACGGACUCUGGAAGGGAACGAAACACCAGGCGCUUCCGCGCACGGACUCUGGAGGUGAACACAACACCAAGCGCGUCCGCGCACGGACUCUGGACGUGAACGCGUCCACUUUCAUCUGGGAGUAUCAAGAGUAUCAAGAGUGGAAGUCCGCGCCGGCGGCGGAAGUGCGUGCGAGAGAGUUGGGCGCCCUGAGCAAGCAAGAGGAAUGUGCUAGAAAAAGUUGGUGCCAGCUAAUGAUUGACGCGCGCUGCGUGUGGGAUUAAUCAUCAAUAAGAAGCAACAGGACCUGAGCUGAAUGGGGUCCAGCGUGAGGCUGCUGGUCCUGGUCCUGCUGGUCCAGAGUCCAGGCGGAAUGCAGGCGGCGUCCAAGGAGCGGGUGUGCGAGAGCAUCACAGUGCCCAUGUGCCGGGGCAUCGGCUACAACCUGACCUACAUGCCCAACCAGUUCAACCACGACACCCAGGAGGAGGUGGGCCUGGAGGUGCACCAGUUCUGGCCUCUGGUGCGCAUCCGCUGUUCUCCGGACCUGCUCUUCUUCCUGUGCAGCAUGUACACGCCCAUCUGCCUGCCGGACUACCGCAAGCCCCUCCCCCCGUGCCGCUCCGUGUGCGAGCGGGCCAAGCGAGGCUGCUCGCCGCUCAUGAGCCAGUACGGCUUCGAGUGGCCCGAGAGGAUGAGCUGCGAGCGACUGCCCCGGCUGGGCGACGAGACCCUGUGCAUGGACCAGAACAGCAGCGAGACCACCACGGAGGCGCCGCCCUUCCCCAAGCCCACCCGCGGGCGACUCAGAGUCGCAGAGCGGGAGUGCAGCUGCCGAGAACCUCUGGUCCCCAUCAGGAGGGAGAGCCACCCGCUGUUCGGGAGGGUCCGCACAGGGCCCCUGGCCAACUGCGCCCAGCCCUGCCACCAGGCCUACUUCUCGGCGGAGGAGCGCACCUUCACCGCCUUCUGGGUGGGCCUGUGGUCCGUCCUGUGCUUCCUGUCCACGCUGACCACGGUGGCCACCUUCCUGAUGGACACACAGCGCUUCAAGUACCCCGAGCGGCCCAUCAUCUUCCUGGCCGCCUGCUACCUCUUGGUGUCUCUGGGCUACAUACUGCGCCUGCUGGCGGGGCACCGGCGCGUGGCGUGCGCCCCCGGCGGCGAGCACGUCCUCUACGACAGCAGCGGCCCCGCCCUGUGCACGCUGGUCUUCCUGCUGGUCUACUUCUUCGGCAUGGCCAGCUGCAUCUGGUGGGUGGUCCUGUCCUUCAGCUGGUUCCUGGCGGCCGGGAUGAAGUGGGGCAGCGAGGCCAUCGCCAGCUACUGCCAGUACUUCCACCUGGCCGCCUGGGUGCUCCCCAGUAUCAAGACCGUCAUGGUUCUGGCGCUCAGCGCCGUGGACGGCGAUCCGGUGGCCGGAAUCUGCUACGUGGGCAACCAGAGCCUGGGAAACCUGCGGGGGUUCGUGCUGGCGCCACUGGUGGUCUACCUCUUCACGGGCUCGCUCUUCCUGUUGGCCGGCUUCGUGUCCCUCUUCCGGAUCCGCAGCAUCAUCAGGCAAGGUGGCACCAAGACGGACAAGCUGGAGCGGCUGAUGAUCCGCAUCGGCCUCUUCACCGUGCUCUACACCGUGCCCGCCGGCGUGGUGGUGGCCUGCCUGGUCUACGAGCAGCACCGGAGACCCGGGUGGGAGCGGGCCUUGGCCUGCACCUGCGCCUUGGAGCGCCAACGUCUGGGCGCCGGGCCCGACUACGCCGUCUUCAUGCUCAAGUACUUCAUGUGCUUGGUGGGGGGCAUCACCUCCGGAGUCUGGAUCUGGUCAGGCAAGACUGUGGAAACGUGGAAGAGAUUCUUGGCGCGCUGCUGCCCCUGCUGGCGGUACAGCCUGGCGACUCCGCCCCCUUUGUAUGGCGACACCGCCACCGUCUACCACAAAGCUCCUUCUCAUAUAUGACACAUGGACGCGGUAUUUAUUCACCUACUUUCACAUGCCUUGUACAGGCCUCGCGUCGGCCGGGAAUCCAACCUGCGACACCUGUGGCCACGUUUGAUGUCUGCCCUUCAAGCAGCUGUGGGUUGGCCUCCAA